UUUGUCCUGCUGUGGGCCCGAGACUCCUUACUCAGAACCUCAGAAGAGGGGACUGCGCACUAUGGCCUCGCGUGCAGCGCCAGUCAGGCAGACAUGCUGUUGUUUCAACGUCCGAGCAGCUACCAUAGCCCUGGCCGUUUACCACAUAGUCAUGAGUGUCCUGCUGUUCAUUGAGCAUGUGGUGGAGGUGGCCCGCGGUAAAGUCUCCUGCAGGUUCUUAAAGAUGCCGUACCUCAGGAUGGCUGACCUGCUCUCCAGCUUCUUGCUCAUUGGAGUGCUCUUCAUCAUCAGCAUCAGCCUGCUGUUUGGCGUGGUCAAGAACCGGGAGAAGUACCUGAUACCCUUCCUGUCCCUUCAAAUCAUGGACUUCCUGCUGUGCCUGCUCACACUGUUGGGCUCCUACAUCGAAUUACCAGCGUACCUGAAGCUUGCCCGGCCCCGGCCCGGCCCUUCUAAGGUCCCCUGGAUGACACUGCAGCUGCUGGACUUCUGUUUGAGUAUCUUGACCCUGUGCAGCUCCUACAUGGAAGUGCCCACCUACCUUAACUUCAAGUCCAUGAACCACAUGAAUUAUCUCCCAAGCCAGGAGGGCAUGCCGCACAGUCAGUUUAUCAAUAUGAUGCUCAUCUUCUCAGUGGCCUUUAUCACUGUGCUCAUCCUGAAGGUCUACAUGUUCAAGUGUGUGUACACAUGCUACAGAUUCAUGAAGCACAUGAAUUCGGCCAUGGAGAACAGUAGCUCCAAGAUGUUUUUCAAGGUGGCUCUGCCGUCCUACGAGGAAGCCUUGUCUCUGCCCACUAAGACUCCAGAGGGGGACCCUGCACCACCCCCCUACUCAGAAGUGUGAUGCCCACCAGGCUCUCAGCCCUUGGGCUGGAAGACGCAGACCCUCCUCCUCCUGCUUCUUCACUUUGGUGGUGGCUGUGAUCUAUUACAGGACAAUCUGCUUGUGCACCUCCCUCGCUGUCCUCUCCUCUCGGGGACCCCUCACUCACAAUUGGGUCACCCUGGGCUUAAUGACCCUUUGUGGCUCAGAACACUCAGGCUAGCAGUUCAUCUUGUCUCCGUCAGCAACGAUACUUGUUCAGAGCACAGUCAUGGCAAAUUAGGCUGAGUUUGGUUAAAAGCUCCUGGCUUGAUCUGUUUAGCCAGGCAGCCGACACCCGCAGGGGCAGCAGGAAGAGAAUCUGGCCAAGCGACAGUUCCUGGUGUCAGUCUAUACUCAGCCAUCAGGUUACAGGGUGGGUCAUGAUCGUGGUGACAAUUUGCCACCCCCAGUACCCUAAAAGUGUACAAAUAAAACAAUUCCUUCAAAUAGGUUGCUUAAGUAGCAAUUCAGCCAACCGCUGUCAUUAGGAAUUAUGAUAAAACCUAAUAAGAAACUGAGGUGUCAAACA